CAAAUCCAAAUGCCACCCAAAAAUUUAAAAUAUACCAGCAAAGUAGCAAACACCAUCAAUCGGAGAUCACACCAGAAAACAAGAGGGAGAUCGAGAGAGACUGAGCAGCGCGCAAAUUAACGCCGUGGGAAGGAAGAAAACGCAGAGAGGCCGGCGUAAAAACUCUCUCGACUUUCCUCCUUCCCCAUUUCUGAAACCCAACAAAAUCCGUAUUUUUUGUUCACUUUCGAAUUGCCGUUACUGUGAAAAUAGGGGGGAAUUCCAUGAUUUUCCUAAUUGAUCAUCUUUUUUGAUGCGCCGACCUAAUGCCCAAUCUCCAAAGCACAAUUCCGAGCUAAAAUCCGACCCAGAUCCUCAAAUGGAGCCACUUUCCAUCAAAUCGUUCAAUUUUAAGCAAAACCCUAGUUCUAGAUCCAAUUCCUUUUCUAGAACUCCCAAAAACCAACCCAAAUCCAUUUGGCUUACUGUUUUUCUCUUUUUUAUUGCGUUUUUAAUUGUUUUUUACUCAUUGUUUGUCUUUUUCCGACAUAAAACCCCGGUUAAUGGCCGGAAAUUUGGGAUGAUUAUUGAUGGAGGGAGUACUGGCUCACGCGUUCAUGUAUUUGAGUAUAAUGUUGAAGGUGGGGUGCCCAGGUUUGAUUUCGGGCCGAAUGGGCAUUCCUCGAUGAGAGUUAGUCCUGGUUUAUCGUCAUUUAAGGAGGUUCCCGAUCGAGCUGGUGAGUCAUUGGUGGAGCUGGUGGAAUUUGGGAAGAGGAUUGUGCCCAGGGAGUUCUGGGGAGAUACUGAGGUUAGGUUAAUGGCCACUGCUGGGCUUCGGUUGCUUGAUUUGAACGUUCAGGAUCGCAUUCUGGAGUCUUGCCGGAGACUUAUGAGGUCGUCAGGUUUGAAGUUUCGUGAUGAUUGGGCUUCGGUGAUUACAGGCUCAGAUGAAGGUUUGUAUGCUUGGGUUGUGGCUAAUUAUGCACUUGGUACUCUUGGAGGUGAUCCUCACUUAACUGCUGGCAUCAUUGAGCUUGGUGGGGCUUCUGCUCAGGUCACUUUUGUCUCAAGAGAGUCGGUGCCUCCUGAGUUCUCCCGGUCACUUAAAUAUGGGAAUGUUACUUACCAUCUCUACAGCAACAGCUUGCUUCACUUUGGUCAGAAUGUAGCCUUUGAUUCACUGAAGGUUUCACUUGUUUCAAGCGAUGUAACAUUGGCUACUGGAUCUCCUGACAAGGAACCAACCGUAGACCCUUGCACUCCCAAGGGAUAUGCUCAGAGCACCAAUUCUCCGGAUCCUUCGGUCACACAUUACUUAUCCAAUUUCCGCGCUGCUGGAAACUUCUCAGCGUGCAGAGCUGCUGCCUUGAAGCUGUUACAAAGAGGCAAAGAGGGUUGUGCGUACCACCAUUGCAGUUUGGGAGCCACAUUCAUUCCUAAGUUGCAGGGAAGAUUCUUGGCUACCGAGAAUUUCUUCCACACGUCACAGUUUUUUGGCUUGGCUCCAAAGGCAGUUCUCUCUGAUCUGAUGGAGGCUGGUCAAGAAUUUUGCAAGGAGAACUGGUCAAGUAUUCGAAAGAAAUACUCUUCACUUGCAGAGGAAGACCUCGCACAUUAUUGCUUUUCUUCUGCCUAUAUUGUGGCCCUUUUACAUGAUAGCCUUGAUAUUGCCUUUGAUGACACCAGCAUCGGAUAUACCAAUCAGGUGGAGAAUAUUCCUCUGGAUUGGGCAUUAGGUGCUUUCAUAUUACAGACAACAGGUGCAAUCAACGGAGCUAACAGUGGAUGGAUUGCUUCUCUAAUUAGUGACAACUUCCCUAAUGCUUUCAUCAUCAUGGGUGCUGCACUCUUGUUAAGCAUUGCAGGCUGUUAUUUUUCGCAGUGGAGGAAACCAUACUUUAAAACUAUUUAUGAUUUGGAGAAAGGGCGAUACAUAAUAACUCGAAUCAAUAGGUGAUGUUAACAAUUCUAAAUUCAAAUACCCUGACUUGUCGGCUGCUGAACAGAGGAACAGAUCAAUGCACUCUUUUUGGUCGCCAUUAGUAUUCUGGGAACGCCUUAUAGUUUUCCCCUGAAGUUAAGCAAGAGUACCAUUCUUAUAGGGGUAGAUUGUUCGACCCAGAUUUUCCGGUAUAGUAUCAAGUACAUCUGCAUGCUCUGUAAAUUAUUAGUUCAUGUAAAGUAGGGCGCGCUGUAACUCUCUUGGUGCAGAUAUAAAAAACAUGGCUAGAUCAGUUGUAUGAAGUUCUGGAACCAAGCUGAGCUAUGAGCUAUGGAGUGUUAUCAAUUAUACUACUACAUUGUAAGAAGCUUUUAUGAUUUAUUUUAUAUCAUAUUCGAAUUAAUGAAA